AUGGCCCUGAGUGAGUAUCACCUGAUAAACGAGGCUAAGACCUGGGACGAGGCCCAGAGUUACUGCAGGGACAACUACACCGACCUCGCCACCAUCGGUAACCGUGACGACAUGGAGCGGCUGGUGAACAUGGCACCCAGUGGCACUAUCUGGGUCGGUCUGCGAGAGACGGGGCCGGAGUCCUGGGUCUGGUCUGUGGGAGAAACAGGGAUGAGCCACGAAUCACCGACCUACUCUAACUGGGCCGGUCACAAGGACAGUGAUCACUACUGUGGAGGCAUGAGGGCUGACGGGAAAUGGCUCAGCGGACUUUGUGGAACAGCUCUUCCUUUCGUCUGUCAGGGAGUUGAGGGGUCCGGUGAGGUGUCCGUUGUCCUUCAAAAUAUGACGUGGCAGAAGGCCCAACGGUACUGUCGCCAGCACAACAUGGACUUGGCCAGUGCGAGAAACCAGAGUGAAAACCAAGCAUUACAGCAAGUGUUAAAUAAAAAUGGGUCUCAAGCCUUGGUCUGGAUCGGUUUGUUCAGAGAUAAAUGGAAGUGGACGGACCAGAGCAACAGCUCCUUUAGACACUGGGCCAACGGUCAACCAAACAAUGAUGGAGACUGUACAUUGUUCGGCAUCAACGGGUGGUAUGACAGAGGCUGUCAGCACAAAUUUCGCUUCCUCUGCCAUACUGGUGAGCAUAUCUGUCCCAGUCUGAGUCCUGAAAUUCCGAUGAUCAAAUCUUUUAAGACCCUGCAGAAACCAGAGCACCAAGAAUAA